GCCGCCGCCCACCCCCGGCUGCGCUGGCGCGCGGACGUCCGCGCCCUGGAGAAGCUGCCGGUGCACAUGGGCCUGGUGGUCACCGAGGAGGAGCCGGAGCCCAGCUUCUUGGACAUCGCCAGCCUCGUGGUGUGGUGUAUGGCCGCGGGGAUCUCCUACAUCAGCGUCUAAGACCACCAAGGAAUUUUCAAAAGAAAUAAUUCCAGAUUGAUGGAUGAAAUUUUAAAACAGCAGCAGGAACUUCUGGGUCUGGAUUGUUCCAAAUACUCAACGGAGUUUGCAAAUAGUAAUGAAAAAGAUGAUCAAGUUUUAAAUUGCCAUUUGGUAGUGAAGGUGCUGUCCCCAGAAGAUGGAAAAGCAGAUACUGUGAGAGCUGCUCAAGACUUCUGCCAGUUUGUAGCCAAGCAGCGAAAGAGAGCCACAGAUGGGGGUGUAGAUAUGUUAGACAGUUUACUUAGUUCAAAUGGUUUCCCUGAUCCUGAUUUAGUAUUGAAGUUUGGUCUUGUGGACAGCACAUUAGCUUUUCUUCCCUGGCAAAUCAGAGUGACUGAAAUUGUCUCUUUGCCUUCCCCUAAAAUCAGCUAUGAGGACUUUUUCUCUGCCCUUCGUCAGUAUGCAGCCUGUGAACAGCGUCUGGGAAAGUAAUGAUCCCUGGUUGUGUAAUUUGAUUUCAGGC